AUGUUUUCUUUUAAUUUGAAAAAAGAUCCGGAACCGGAUCGAGAACCCCCAUUUGAACAUCACGGUUUAGCACGUAAAUUAUAUCAUCAAAAGAGUCAAAGCUUUUCGUACCAAUCAAAUACAGAACCUGUAUUUUUUUCUACUCCUGUGGCUAUAAACUUGACGGCCAAGCUAGAGAACCAGUCAUUGCCCCACAAAUUCAAAGUUACCGUGGUAGAAAUAUUGGAACCUUUGUUCAUUGUCAGUAUUAAAAGAACUGAUAAAAAUGAGGGAUGGUCGGAAAUUACGUUCCGGUUUUAUUGGGAGCUUAACCUAGGUUACAGUUGGGGUGCUUACAAGGGUCUUUACUUCCAUCUUCCAUACACGUCUGGAGGGACGGAGUUUAACCGUGAAAAGAGUCAUCUUGAAUGCUCGAAGUCUGGAGGGAAAUUGGCUGAUAUUGUUGACAAGGAAAUGUACGACUUCGUCAAUACUUUCGUUGAAGUUACCUUUGAUUCGGGCCGUUUAAAUUUUGUUAUAAUAUGGACGGCAAUGAAUUACAACCAAGCGAACAGCAAUGUAACUCGGAGCAAUGGGAAACCUGGUUAUAAUGGAGAUUGGAAUCCUGGUUAUCCAACUACAUCUGGGUCUCGUACGGGUGUGGUGGUAUUCGUUGGCACCAACCCUUCUGCAGGGACAAACAUAGGAAUGCGAAACGCUGAAAUUUCCCAACGAUAUGUACCUUUGUGCGUUUAUUAGAAUACACGCAUACGAUAAAGUGGAACAUACUAAACACAAUAAUAUCAAUUUUUACCUGCAAAUAUUACAUAGUAACUGCUAACUACAUGAUAUGUUUUUAUUUUCUAAGAAAUAUCCUGACAUAAUGCAUACAUCACCGCAGUUAUUCUCUGCG